AUGACUUUGAGGACAAUCCUCUCAAAUAAGUACCAGAACGGUUCUUUUCUCCCCUUCUCUUUUCUUUUACAUUCUAUACAUUCCUCAUUUCAACUUGCAUUCACCAUCAUCUCAACCAGGAAUGACUUAUGAGCGUCGCAACACCCAGCCUGAGAAUCCCUUCUCAAAACUGGUUCCAACGCAAACUAUCGCCAUUGUCCCCGAAUUCACUCUCAGCUCAGGCCAUACCCUAUACCAGGUUCCUGUUGCAUAUCACACUUGGGGCGCGUUAAAUGAGGCUGGUGAUAAUGUCAUGAUCAUCUGCCAUGCCCUCAGUGGCAGUGCAGAUGUUGAGGACUGGUGGGGGCCAUUAAUGGGCCCUGGUCGCGCAUUUGACCCUACAAAGUUUUUUAUUAUAUGUUGUAAUGUCCUGGGCUCCCCUUAUGGAACAGCAUCCCCAGUCACUCACAACCCUGAGACUGGCAUUAAUUAUGGACCUGAGUUCCCUCUGACAACUAUCCGCGACGAUGUUAGACUUCAUAAGCUCAUUCUAGAUGAUCUGGGUAUAAAAUCAGUCGCGAUCUGCAUUGGCGGAUCAAUGGGAGGCAUGCAGGUGUUGGAGUGGUCGUUCUUCGGCCCUGAAUACGUCAAAGCCAUUGUACCAAUUGCAACAUCUGCAAAGCAUUCAGCUUGGUGCAUCAGCUGGGGUGAAGCACAGCGUCAGUCGAUCUAUAGCGAUCCCAAUUAUAUGGACGGAUACUACACAUCUGAUGCACCGCCUUCAGUAGGUCUCGCUGCUGCACGAAUGGCUGCAAUGUUGACAUAUCGUUCCAGGAACUCAUUCGAGUCAAGAUUUGGUCGCAAAAUUAUGGAUAAACCCACAUUCUCAGUGGCUCGCGAGCCUGCUUCACCUGCAGAGGAACAUCAUCAAAUCCAUAACGAUGGACACCGCAAUACCAAGGGCGCAGUGUCUCGUAAGAGCUCUACUGAUAGCACUGGUAGUCUUUUGGCUGCAAGUGCCAAAGUAUUGGCAUCCACUCUUGGGAACUCAGGUGACAAUACAAGCAGCACAGCCUCUGCAGACACAGCAGCAAGCACACCUCCUACCGCAAAUGGAUCGGAAACGCCCACCACUAAUGAUAACACGUCUACCUCCAUGCUUACUGCGAUCCCUGUAGUAUUGAACAAGAGCAGAAAUAAAAGCCAGAAACCAACCGUAUUCUCAGCUCAGAAUUAUCUCCGCUAUCAAGGUGACAAGUUUAUCCAUCGAUUUGACGCCAACUGCUACAUUGCAAUCACGCGCAAAAUGGACGUCCACGACAUUUCAGCAGGACGUGGAGAAUUAAUUGAAGUCUUGAAUAGCAUCAAGCAGCCGGCAUUAGUGAUUGGCGUCGAAUCGGACGGUCUGUUCACGAUCUCAGAGCAAUACGAGCUGGCAGAACAUUUGCAUGAUUCUGAAAUGGUCGUAGUCCAGUCACCAGAUGGGCACGACGGAUUCUUACUCGAGUUUGAGCAGAUCAAUAAUGCCAUUAUCUCAUUCAUGCAGAAGCACGAGCAUAUCCGCGAAAUCCUCACCCGUAAAGGCGUCCAGCCGCCUGCACAAGUUGGAGAGGUUGUCAAAGAAAGUUUGUUUGGUGAAAGUGAGAUCGUCAACUGGUAGAAUUCUGUAAUAAUAUAUUCCUCUCAUUCCUUUGACUGCAUUUGCCUUAUCUUGAUCCAUAAAAAGACUGACUUGUAAAAG